CUGUGUCUCGUUGCUAGGCCUUUAUUUUGAUGUGUGCUUACCUCAACGGAAGACCCGGAAGUAAUAACUAUUGCUCAGGAAUAUUUUGUGAUGGGGUUUCACUCGUUUCCUCAUGACUGAAAAGAACAAUUUGAGAUAUAACUUCAAACCAUUUUUUAUUUUGGUUUGUUUAUUUUAAAGAUUAUCUCUUAAAUCAUUCAACCAACUCUUUCCGUAAUUGCAGAUACGGUGUCUAUGACCUGUUUGACAUCAGAUGGCGAUGGGAUAGUCAAUUUCGCUUUGACAUGAAGCCCAUCGCAACCAUAACAAUCAGUAACUUUAUGUUAUUCGUGUCAGAAGUGCAAUUCCGGGAAUUUCUACUGAAAAUCGUGAACAACAGUGACACUCAUUUUCCAGACAACAAAUAGAAAAGUUAAAUGACCUGUCGUGUAUCGUGUCCUACUGCUCCUUUCAUGAAGAUGUCCAAGAUUGAAAGAUUGAAUGCACGGGUUUCUAAACUGCUGACCGCAGCAGUCCACGAGGUGAUGGAGGUAGUAAAGGAUACGGUGUUGGAGUACCAAGAAAAAACCGCUCGAACUCAGAGGGAGAACGAGAGACUUCGGAAGAAACUCGAGGAACUACAACAAUGGUUUGAUCGAGAACUGUCACGGGUGUCCAGAGCAAAUCCUCCAUUGCAGGCUAGCCAAUCAGAGCAGUCCAAAUGCUCAUGUAAACAACUACAGUCCUCCAAGGCAUCAGGCAAGCCAGAGCUGACGGUGGAGUCCAGAGUGACUUCUGCAGAUGAGGUGAAACAUCAUCUGGAGUUAAAGGUAGAAUCCAUCAUCAGCGUUGAGCAGGUGUUUACAAACUGCAGUGAAGUGGCUCCUUCAUGUGUCACCGUGGUGGAUACAGAAAGUGACACCUCUGCUCACUCGCAGUCUGAGAACUCAAAGGACAUCUCAGCACAUGCUGAAAGUGUAGUGUUCCCCAAUGGACGCUCAUCACUGGCUAACUCCACCUCACCCACUCAGCAAGGGAUGCCAGCCGACGUCAAUAUCAUCAAAGCGGAGCCCGACCUUCUGGAAUAUUCCCUCUCCCAGCAACCCGUGCCUUCACACCAGCUUUACGACCACGAGGAACCCACCCCUCAUUAUGCCCUCAACGCAGCACAGAACGAUGUCCAGGAGUUAGAUCUCUUGCAGCACAGCUCUGAUACUUCAGAAGUGGCACACUACAUUCAUUCUGACACAUUCAAUGCCUUUGUGGAGUCGUUCCCCCUCAAUCAGGCCCAGCAACAGCAGCAGCAACAGCAACAGCAGCAGCAGCAGCAUCGGCGUUUCACUGGUCGAGAGAAGAGCCACCGCUGCUUGCUCUGCGGCAAGACCUUCAGCCAGCUGAGCAACCUGCGCAUCCACCAGCGCUGCCACACGGGCGAGAAGCCGUACACGUGUGGCCACUGCGGCCGGCGCUUCAGCCACGGCGGGAAUCUGCAGAAGCACAAGCGUGUGCACACCGGCGAGCGGCCAUUCAGGUGCCUGCAGUGUGGCAGGAUGUUCAGCCAGUCGACCCACCUCAAGACGCACCAGAGGACCCACCAGAGGAUCCACAGCUACCGCCACCACAGCUUCUGAGGCGUCUGGCUUGAUAUUAACUUAUUUAACAUUAGGAUUUUAAUAGAAGAGGGCCACUAGCGCUUCAGCCUGGUUGGUGCUCACGGAACAGGACGCAGAAGUCAAAAGAGGAGACCCAAGGUCUAACAAGAGCCAAGGAGCAGGACCGGAGCACACAACGCUUUAAGUGAUUUUUAUUAGCCUAGUGCAAACCGACUAACGUUUCGAUGCCCAUUCGACUCUGAAGAAGACGCAUGGGCGUCGAAACGUUAGUCGGUUUUUGAAAAGUUUUUGAAAAUAUAUUAUUUUAGACAAAAAGCCCAAAACGGUUAAAAAAGAAAGUCUCUGUAUAAAAAUACCUGGCUAUGUGUGGACAUGCACUGUUCAGUGUUUCCCACAGAAUUCAAUUAUAUUUGUGGUGGUAGGUG